AUUUUAGCAAUAUGGCGGGAGCAGGGGAUCGUAGUCGUUCGCUGAAGGAAGCUCUCAUAGAGAGUUUAAAUGCCGUUUUAUCACCAAUUCAUAAUGUCAGAGUAUCAGGAGAAGAACAAGUGAAAGCCUUAGAAGUAACAGAAGAGUUUGGUGUACACCUUGCAGAACUGACAGUUGAUACACACGGUCCCCUGGCCAUCAGACAAUUAUCCUCAGUGUUACUCAGGCAGUAUGUGGAUGCUCACUGGUGUAAACAUUCCGAAAAAUUCAGAGAGCCAGAGACACCAGAACAUGCAAAGGCUGAGAUCAGAAGAAUUUUACCGAUGGGUCUCAAGGAAGCAAUCAGCAAGGUGCGGUCAAGUGUAGCAUAUGCUGUGUCAGCAAUAGCACACUGGGACUGGCCUGAGGUGUGGCCAGAGUUAUUUCAAAUCCUGAUGCAGGCAUUGACGAGUGGGGACCCUAAUGCUGUUCAUGGAUCUAUGAGGGUUUUAUCAGAAUUUACACAGGAUGUGACAGACACACAGAUGGGACAUGUGGCUCCAGUCAUUCUCCCAGAAAUGUACAAAAUAUUUAUGCAUGCUGAUACAUACAGUAUCAGAACCAGGUGCCGAGCUGUAAGCAUUUUUAAUGUUUGCGCGGCAAUGAUAGCAACCAUGGCUGAAAUUCAGAAGGGCAUUGCCAAGCAACUGUUGUUUCCCUUUAUCCCCCAGUUUACACAGGCCUUUAUACAGGCUCUGCAAGUACCUGAUGGAUUGACAUCAGACAGUGGACUCAAAAUGGAAAUUGUGAAGGCCAUUACCACGCUUGUAAAGAAUUUUCCCAAACUGAUGUCACAGUACAUCGGAGAUAUCCUACCACCAAUUUGGAUGAUAUUUACACACAGUGCCGACUUCUAUGUGCGGACAGUUGUGAACAGUUUAGAAGAAUCGGAUGACCCUGUAGAUUCUGACGGUGAAGUCCUUGGAUUUGAGAGCUUGGUGUAUGGAGUGUUUGAAUUCGUCCACGUUCUGAUCGACACGUCGAAGUUCCGCAGCACUGUUAAGAGCUCCGUGAAUGACAUUCUGUAUUAUGUUAUACUAUACAUGCAGAUGACAGAUGAUCAGGUGAGACUGUGGACCAACAGUCCAGACCAAUUUGUGGAGGAUGAAGAUGAUGAUUCCUUUUCUUACUCUGUCAGAAUAUCAGCACAGGAUAUCUUACUGUCGAUAUGCAGUGAAUUUCCAGAGGACAGUGUCCAAGCCCUAUGUCAGGCCAUCACUAAACAUCUGACUGCGGUAGAACCUCUUAAAAAUGCCAAUGAUCCAAACUGGUGGAAGGUCCAUGAGUCCUGUAUGCUAGCCAUGGGCAGCGUGACUGACCUGGUCACUGAGUCCAUACAGUCUGGGAAAGUCCAGUUUGAUAUUACAGGAUUCCUCCAGUCUGUCGUCCUGGCAGAUAUGAACUUUUGCAUAUCACCGUUCUUGGUUGGGAGAAGUUUAUGGACAGCCAGUCGGUAUACAGAGGUCACAUCAACAUCUCCAGAACUGCUGAACAGAUUCCUUCAGUCUACGGUUGGUGGUUUACAUGCCACGCAGCCACCGACUAUUAGAAUCUCUGCCAUCCGAGCAGUGUACAGCUACUGUCAACACCUCAAGUCAGCCAACACUACACAGUAUCUGAUUCCAUUCCUACCCAACACACUGGAUGGUCUGUUGUCUGUAGCUACGCAGUACUCUUCAGAUGUCUUGUCCCUCUGUUUAGAAACAAUGUCUAUACUUUUAUCUGUGGACAAGGCUUUCACUUCUACAAUAGAAAACAAAGUCACUCCACUCACCAUAGCUGUCUUUCUGAAAUUUUCUUCAGACCCAGUGGUUGUGAAUAUUGUACAAGAGAUUUUUAAGGAAUUGGCUGGUAAUGAGAGCUGUGCUGGACCCCUAGAACAUCGACUACUGCCUACCCUAGUCAGUAUUCUACAGGCCCCAGAUAAAGUGCCAGUCAGUCUGCCACCGGUUUCAAUAGAGAUGAUGGAGACACUGGUGAGGGAACGUGUGGGUCCACUUUCUGAGGUCAUGAUUAAGACAGGAUUCCCUGCUGUGGUUCAUUGCACACUGCACACGGAUGACAAUGCAGCCAUGCAGCAUGGAGGGGAGUGUUUAAGAGCAUUCUUAUCUGUGGCCUUGGAACAGGUGAUGGGCUGGCAUGAUGAACAAGGUAACAAUGGGUUGUAUUACGUCAUGCAGGUGAUAUCUAAACUCCUAGAUCCCAAAACCUCGGAACACACAGCCUCUUUUGUGGGUAGACUGGUCUCCAUUGUGAUAACUAAAGUAGGGAACCAGCUAGGAGAGAACCUUGACCUCAUGUUAAGACUUGUCCUGAGCAAGAUGCAGCAAGUGGAAACACUGAGUGUGAUGGAGAGCCUAGUGAUGGUGUUUGCCCAGCUGAUGAUCAGUAACAUGCCUGCUGUUCUGGACUUUCUGACUAAUGUCCCGGGACCCACAGGGAAACCUGCCUUAGAGUUUGUCCUCACUGAGUGGUGCUCCAGACAGCAUUUGUUCUAUGGGAACUAUGAAAGAAAAGUCUGCGCUGUUGCUCUGUGCAAGCUCUUGUUACAUGCGAUCCAGACUAAUGACACCAGACUACAAGAGAUCAUGAUUCAGGGGGAGGAAAUAGAACAGCCAACAAAAGGAAUAAGGACCAGGUCUAAAUCAGCCAAUGAACCUGCGCAUUGGACCACUAUUCCUGUCCUGGUGAAGAUUUACAAACUACUGAUCAAUGAGCUAUCCAAUCAGAUAGAGGCAAACAUGUGUAAGGCGGGGAAAGAUGAGGAUGAUGAAGAGGAAGAGGACUGGGAGGAUGAGGACGGAGAUGAGGAUGAAGAGGUGCAAUUAAGGGGGCAAACUCUAUCCGAUCUUAUAGACAGCAUGGCUGCCGAAUUUAAUGGUUAUGAUGUUGAUGAAGAAGAAGAGGAAGAUCCAGAUUUCUUAAAAGAUCCAACCUAUCAGAUAGAUUUACAGGCCUACCUUACAGAAUUCCUUCAGUCACUAUCCCAGCAGUCGUGUUACAGUAACUUUAGUGCACAUCACAAUGAAUCCGAAAAGCAUGUUUUACGGACAAUCAAUGUCAGUGUUUGACCUGCGUUUGUAUUAUGACUUCAGUUCACAUCUUAAAAUUUGAAAUAUUUUAUUUAUGGAUACCACUUAUGCAUUCUUUAUACAUUGUAAAUAUGUAUUUUACAAAUUUGAAGCUGAGGAAGGCUGGAGUUGUUGCUUUUAUGUCUGUGUGAGAGUACCAGUUUUACUCGGGGCUCAGUAAAAUAGUUUUAGAUAAGAAAAUGGGACUUGGAAGAAGAUUUAAAUAUAGAUGAAAUACCAAAUUUUAAUAUAAAUGAAAACUUAUGUGAAUAGAAUGUAUGGUUUGGUUAUAUGCAAUAGUGUUAUAGGCUUCCAAGAAGGGGAAUUGGUUGUGUAUCCAUGAAAACUGAAUACUGUGCAAUACUCUUUUAGUAAUAAAUCUGUUUUUAAAUGUUUA